AAGAAGAGCGGUGCAUCACAUCAGAGCUUGUACCUCCCCCCACAGGGCAACAUGGAGCAUCUCAUUCAUUCAACAACCAUGACUGAAACAACUGAUGACUUUGUCACUGAUUAUUACCCUGACUACUAUGACACAGACCCUACUGAGACCACCGGCAUGUGUGACAGAAGUUGGGUCCGACAGUUUCGCGGGUGGUAUGAACCCCCCCUUUUCUGGACCAUCUUUGUGCUGGGUGCCCUGGGAAACCUCAUGGUGGUCUGGAUCUACACCACGGUGCGCAACCGCCUCAAAACCAUGACCGACGUCUAUCUGCUCAACCUCGCCGUGGCUGACCUCCUCUUCCUGUGCACGCUGCCCUUCUGGGCGAUGGAUGCCACCAAAGGAUGGGACUUUGGCGUCAGUCUCUGCAAAGUGGUGUCCGCCGUCUACAGGAUCAACUUCUUCAGCAGCAUGUUCCUGCUCACGUGCAUCAGCGUGGACCGCUACAUCGCCAUCGUGCAGGUCACAAAGGCUCAGAACUGGAAGAAAAAGCGUCUCUUCUACAGUAAACUGGCCUGCGUGGUCGUGUGGUCGGUCUCCAUUCUCUUUGCCUUGCCUGAGUUUCUCUUCGCCCAGGUGAAGACGGACCUAAGCGGGUCGUCCUUCUGUGUUCUGCUUUACUGGAACAACAUAAACAACCGCACAAAGAUCUUAGUGCUGUCCCUGCAGAUCUGCAUGGGCUUCUUCGUCCCUCUCCUUGUCAUGAUCUUCUGCUACUCCGUCAUCAUUCGCACGCUCCUGCAGGCCAGGAACUUUGAAAAGCACAAAGCCCUGCGCGUCAUCUUCAUCGUGGUCUUUGUGUUCGUCGUCUCCCAACUGCCGCACAACAGCCUGCUGAUGAUGGAGGCCUCGCAGGCCGCCAACACCACCAUCACGGAGUGCAGCGUCGUGAAGCGCUUCGACGUGGCCGGUCAGAUCGCAAAGAGCCUGGCGUACACCCACGCCUGCUUGAACCCUUUCUUGUACGUCUUUGUCGGUGUGCGCUUCAGGCAGGACCUCAUGAGUAUGGUCAAGAUGUGCGCUGGUGGACUAAGGAAACGGGGACUCUGCAAAGUCCAAGCGGUUCCUAAACGCCCGUCGGUCAUGACUGACACUGAAACCACACCUGCGCUUUCUUUAUAGGUCCCUGUUGUCAAAAGGUUGGUAUCGUUCAUGUAGAGCAGGGGUGUCAAACUCAUUUUAGAUCGGGGCCACAUGGAGAAAAAUCUACUCCCAAGUGGGUCGGACUGGUAAAAUCACGGCACGAUAACUUAAAAAACCUACUCAGUGGCCUAGUGGUUAGAGUGUCCGCCCUGAGAUCGGUAGGUUGUGAGUUCAAACCCCGGCCGAGUCAUACCAAAGACUAUAAAAAUGGGACCCAUUACCUCCCUGCGUGGCACUCAGCAUCAAGGGUUGGAAUUGGGGGUUAAAUCACCAAAAAUGAUUCCCGGGCGCGGCACCGCUGCUGCCCACUGCUGCCCACUGCUCCCCUCACCUCCCAGGGGGUGAUCAAGGGGAUGGGUCAAAUGCAGAGGACAAAUUUCACCACAUCUAGUGUGUGUGUGACAAUCAUUGGUACUUUAACUUAACUUAACUUUAACUUAAAUAAAGACAACUUCAGAUUUUUUUCUUUGUUUAAAAAUAGAACAAGCACAUUCUGAAAAUGUACAAAUCAUAAUGUCGUUGGUUUUUUUUUAUUCUUACAUGUUGUGGUUAAUAGUAUUCUAUCUUUAUUUGUCGUUAUUUAUACUUUCUGAAUUAAUUAUAUGAUAAUGUUCAUCAGUCAACACAUUGGUGUUAAUUUUCAAUCUAUCAAGAUAAAGAAAUAUCAAAAUCAAAUUACAGCAUGUUAUUUAUGUAGUUUGGUCAUUUUCCUCGGCUGAUGCACCAACAUCGUGUUUUAUUUUUGAUUUUUUUUUUUUUUUUACAUAUCUAGCAUCUACAAAGAUACAAAUAAUUGCUAUUGCAACAUCCAGUGGACACAUUAGAACAGCAGUUUCUUUCAUUCAAAAAUUCUGGCUCAUUUUUAUACUUAGCAAACUCAUCCCUCGGGCCGUACGUUUGACACCCCUGAUGUAGAGAAAACGAUACACACCUCCCAUUUGUGUUAUACAGGUAAAACAAAAAAAAAUGGAAUAUCGUGCAAUGGUUAGUUUAUUCUAGCAAUUAAAUAUACAAGGUGAAACUAAUAUAUGACAUAGGCUCAUAACAUGCAACUCAAGAUACUUUAAGCCUUCUUUUGAUAUCAUUUUGAUGAUUAUGGCUUGUAUCUUAUGAAAACCUCAAAUUGAAAAUCUUAGAAAAUGUGGGGUUUUCAAAAACUAAGCUAUGACCAUCAAAAUUAUAAGAAAUAAAGCCUUGACAUAUUUUACUUUACAUGUAAAAAGUGUAUAUCACAUAUAAGUUUCACAUGUGAAGUCGAAUUGCUGACAUGAAUGGACUUUUGCACAAUAUUCUAUUCUAUUUUUUGAGUUUCACCUUUUAUAAAAUGUUUUUUUUCCGGAUAUGUGUAACCAUAUCCAAAAACAAAUGUCCACUGCAGAGGAUGUUGGUUCUCAAGAUCUGAUACCAGUACUUUGCCGUUAAAAUGCAUGCACUUUCAGGGGAACCGCAAAUGACAACCUGAAGUUGCAAAGCUUGUAUAUAAUGUAAAUGAGUGUAAAUACUGUAUCAUGCCUUUUUGACGUCAUUUUCCAACCACAGUAAAAGACAGAAUUUGAUAUUUUUAGACACCAACAGCAUUAAAAGAAAUAUCUUUACUAACGUUCUGCUGUCUCUCAUCAAAGCAUAGUCUCGCAUAAGGUGCGUAAUUACCAGGUAAGAGUGUUGGUGUCCUUUGGCUGGUGGUGGGACUCUGGUGCAUACCUGUCAACCCUCCCAAAAAUCAG